CCAUUGUUGUAUGUAUGUGUUGAUGAAAUAUUAGUCUUAGAUAUCACUUGUGAUUAAGAUGAAAUCUUGAGUUUUUGGUGAAUUAGUAUGUGAAUGACUUGUGCAGUUGUGUUGGUGCUAAAUGCUUGCAACCAUGAACAUAUAUAUAGAUAAAAGGAUAUGUUAUAAACAUAUACAGAUAUUAGAAUGAUUGGUGGAGGAAGGCUAUCAGAUAGGACCUAUUCGGAGAAAAGGGCAUGUAAGAGGUCACAUGGUAUUGUCUUGGCGGACUUUCAUAUGUAUCAGCUUGUUAAACUACAUAAUUCAAGGUCCACCUUGUAGAGGGUAGGCCAACAGAUUGCAAUGUUGUUUAUAAUCUGGUGUACUUGAAGAGUUGAGGUUCAUAUUAGUUCUCAUCUGGCCUCAUAUCAACAGAUUUCAUUAUCAGUUGUAUUGUCAAUUUGAAGAAGCAUGUGAGAUGUCUAAAGCAUGUCUCAUGGAGUACCUUUAGUACAACUACAAUGUUUGAAGAAGCAUGCUUCACCUAUGAAUUUAUGUAUAUUUAUAUUAUUUCAAGUGGAUACCAUAUAUUAGCUACCUAGCAAUUACCUCAGAAGGUGGGAUAUGUACUCUCACUUAACUUCCUAUGUCCUAACCUUUGAAAGAGACCUCCAAGACAAUACCAUGUGAUCUCUUAUGAUCAUUUCACUUUGUAGACCCCAUUUUACAGCUUCAUCAGAAUUAUUUCUUCAGGAUGGCAACUAUAUAUACACUUGUCUUGUGUUCUCAACCAAAACAAAUUAGUUGCAUCUCCUCAAGUAUCAGAACUCAAAUAUUUCUCUCAUACAAAUCCUUCAAGAACAAUGGCUUUCCGCAUUCCAGGUAUUAGAAAGGCAUCACUUUCUGCAUCUAAAGGGACUAAUGUUCCAAAAGGCUAUCUUGCAGUCUAUGUUGGAGAUAACAUGAGGCGGUUUGUGAUUCCUGUAUGUUACUUGAACCAGCCUUCGUUUCAAGAAUUAUUAAGCCAAGCAGAAGAAGAAUUCGGAUAUGAACAUCCAACCGGUGGACUUACAAUUCCAUGCAGUGAGGAUGAAUUCCUAAACCUCACUUCUCAAUUGGUUGGCCAGUAGAUUGUUCUAAUAGACACUGACGUAGCUUAGCUGAGACAAAUUUUGUAGUACAGAAGGCUCUUUCUUUUAUUAUAAACAUUGUCCAUUUUGGUCUCUUCCUUGUAUCAUUCAUUUGAAAGCGUAAAAAUAUUGAAUGAGAAAGUUAC